AGCUGGCCGAGCGCUGCUUCGGGGAGACGGUGGGUGAGGUUUGGCUGGGCGUCCCUACGGGUGACAGCGCGGUGGGUAACGGUGGCCGGCCCCAGCCGUGGCCUGCAGCCGGCUCGGAGCACUUCAGGAGGUCCCUGUCCCUUGCCGGUGCGGCCAGCUUCUCCUCAGGGCCGCGGCAGGCACCGUGACCCGGGACGGAAGGGGAGCGGGCGGCGCGGGCCCUGCAUGCCGUGACAGCUCUAACAGCGCUUCGCGGAGCCCUCAUGACAGCCCUGCCAACGCUUUGCAGAGCCCUUGUGAAAGCCCUGCCACCGCCAGUGCUUCGCAGAGCCCUCGUCCCAGCCAUGCCUGCUUGGCGCGAUCCGGAGGAGGGAGGCUUUCCUAUCCCCGGUUUCCCAUCUCAUCCCCUUAACCUUACGGCAACCUCUCGGCUGAGCUCUGAUUCCCUUCUCUGAAUGCGGGAGGCAGGAGAGUCCACGCAAAUCAGGCUUCCCUGGGUGCCUUCAGCACCGAGAGGUGUCAGCCGAGCAGGCUGUGGGCAACUAAGAGUGAUGAACAGAGACCCCAUCUCUCCAAAAUAAACCUCAGGCUGGCUGCCAGUGUUUUUCUGGUGCAGGUCACUGGCUGGGUGGGAGGGGCAGCAAGCGUGACACAGCUCAGGGGUAACUGGUGUAUUUUGUGUGUCCAGGUCAGAAGCAAAGUGGGGAGGUGGGGCUGGUUGAAACCAAAGGGGUUUUAUGAUCCAGCAGGCAGGCACUCACCUUCUUGCAGACUGUAGCUGGCAGCGGCUUGCUGCCAGACUGGGAGCAGAUGCACUGAGACGCUGUGGAGGUUUGCUUGUGUUUUGGUAUGGGCAGUGUUUCCAUCAGUGGCUUGAACAUACUUGUGUCACACCAUCAGAGCAUGCAGUGCUACAAGGGCUUGUCUGAAUGCAGGAGCUGUAGAACUAAAUUCAGUAAAGCCAAGUGCCACAGGCUAUGCUCGGAGAGUUCACUAUCCCAGCGCAGCAGGGUGCCUGUGUGUGUGAUGCAGGAGGUGGGGUGGUCUUGUCUGCAUGGGGUUUCAGAUACCAUGCAGCAGAAAGGAGCCACCACUUUGGGAGAAACCUCAGGAAACGUUAGGAGAGUGUGACCUGUAAGGGACAGCCAGAGGGACUGGAUUCCUUUUAGAGAAGAGAAAGGGUAGCUUUCACAUCUGUUAACACCUGCAUGUAUCUCUCCGGUCUGUCUUGGUACAAGAGGAUGUUCAGCCUUUCCUACCUUCCUCCCUGUAGAUGAGAAGUAAGGGAGCCUUAGUGGAGAUACUGGGGAAGAAGCUCCUCAACAGCAGGUCUAGUGGCACAGGGAUAGAUUUUAUGAGAAGCUGGCUGAGCCUCCAGGGCAGAGGGGGAAGAUGUCAGAGCAAGUGGUGCAGCUCAUCUGACCUGGAUCUUCAGGUAUGCUUGAUCCUCAUUGAGAGAGGGGGUGGUACGGGUUAGCUGUCCUCUCAGACUGCCUUUUAGCUCUCAGGAUUUAAGAAAUACUUUAGUAAUUGCUCCAUAAUGUUCUAAAGCCUGGCUUUGGCUGGCAGCCUUGCCUGGCACCCUUCAUAUAACUUGAUCUUCUAAACAAAUCCCUAAAUGUCGCAGCUAAGUGCAUGAAGCAAUGCUGGCUAUCCUCUUGCCUUGCCCUGCAGCACCCAUGGUCAGUGCGGUAAGCUGAAAAAUUAGCCUGGGAAGGGGACAAGAAUCCCAGUCCAUCUCAGCUGCUGGAGGCUGGGUAAGGCCUGAAGAGUCCCAUGUAGCUUGUGGUGGCUUUGUUGUUUGUCCCAAGAGGUGUGUAGUUGUUGAUGGCUUGGUGCUAUAUGGCCAGUUCUCCUCUUUUGCCUUCUCUGAGCUGGGUGAGAUUGGGGAUGACAGCCCUUCUCCAGCUGCAGGGUGGCACUGAGGCAGCUGGGUGGCCCUUCCCUCAUCCUGGGGCUCCAGGUGGCCAGGCAGACACCAGAAUGCGCAGCGUGGUGCUGCUCGUUAGGUUCACAACAAGCAGAACUCGCUGUGCUGUGCUGCAGCUGACAUGGUGGCUUGCCUGGUGAAUCAUAAGUGAAUCCUGUCAAGAGCUGAGCUUUUUUCAGACACCACGACAUUAGCCCCACACCUUGGCCAAGCUCCAGCUUGGGUGAUUCCACUCGGACACUUUAACUGCUCCCUGUCACCAUUGCCAGACACAAGGCUCUGCUCUUCUGCCUGCAAGCUCUUGGAGGCUUGGGAGCUGUUAAACAGCUGCUACUUCCACUCUUUGUCUGUUUUCCUGCUGUAUGUAGGGGAUUUGUCUGUGGAGCCUCACUGUAAGACUGUGAAAGAGGCUCUGUUAACGCCAAGCAGUUGAUUUGCCAGUAAAGGUUGCUUUAUUUUGCCCAUCAGCCCCUCUACUAUGCUGGCUGCUGAGGGCUUGUGUGGGGUACAGUGUAACUAGUAUGUGUUUUGGAGUAUAACAGUUACCAACGUAACCAGAGUGAUGGUUCAUAAGGAUAUGGUUAUAAUUAGGUCAAGCUGUCUUGUUUGUUAAAUUCCCAUUCAGCUCCCAAACUUGGCAGUGGUAAUGAUCUUUGGGCCUUUUUUAGGAUUGCUGUCAGUCUCCCCUGGCAAAGAACAUUGGGAAUGGCAUCCUUGCUCUUCUCCUCGCUGCCAAAGUCCAUGGGCACAGGCAUACUGCCGUCUUCUCUCUCUUACAGGGGAGCUGAGCUGCCAUGGGGAACACCACCAGUGAGCGAGUGUCGGGGGAGCGCCACGGCUCCAAGUCCCACCGCUCAGAUGGCUCCGGUGCCCCCCACCCUGCCAAGGAGCACCCGCACAAGAUCAUGGUGGGCAGCACUGAUGACCCCAGUGUUUUCAGCUCCCAUGACUCCAAGAUUCCUGGGGAUAAGGAGUUUGUGUCAUGGCAGCCAGAUCUGGAGGAGUCAGUAAAACCGUCCCAACAGGCUCGUCCCACUGUAAUCCGCUGGGCUGAUGGAGGCAAAGAGGUCUUCAUCUCUGGAUCUUUCAACAACUGGAGCACCAAGAUCCCACUCAUCAAGAGCCACAACGACUUUGUUGCUAUCCUGGACCUCCCAGAAGGAGAACACCAGUACAAAUUUUUUGUGGAUGGCCAGUGGGUCCAUGACCCAUCUGAGCCUGUGGUCACCAGCCAGAUGGGGACGAUUAACAACCUGAUUCACGUCAAGAAGUCUGACUUUGAGGUGUUUGAUGCUUUGAAGGUGGAUUCCUUGGAGAGCUCAGAAACCUCAGGUCGGGACUUAUCAAGCUCACCACCUGGACCUUAUGGCCAAGAAUUGUACGUAUACCGGCCUGAGGAGCGCUUCAAAUCCCCACCCAUCCUCCCGCCUCACCUUCUCCAGGUCAUCCUGAACAAGGACACCAAUAUCUCGUGUGACCCAGCACUGCUGCCCGAACCCAACCAUGUCAUGCUCAAUCACCUCUACGCACUGUCCAUCAAGGAUGGCGUGAUGGUGCUCAGUGCCACGCACCGCUACAAGAAGAAGUACGUCACCACGCUGCUGUACAAGCCCAUCUGAGCUGGGCCUCACUCGCCCCCCAUGCAGGACACCAAACGCUGCUUUGUCUGCACACACUGGGCCACAGGACUGCGAGAACUGACCGCUGGCUCCAGCCUCGAACCUGGCAGGGACGCAAGCCCUGGCAAUGAGCCCAGGGCCACUGGGGCCUGUGACAUUGUCCCAUCCUACUGGUGUGGUUUGAUUUAACCCUUGGUUUCCACCCACCUACAGCUCCCCUUGGCUUCUCCGAGUCUCUGAGGCCACUUUGCUGCUCAACAAAACAGCCUUUCCUUGCGCCCAGCAUGGAAAGGGCUUCACCUCCCCAUCUUCUCCAGCCUGCACAGGCCCCGAGGUGGUCCUGGCACUGCAUCCAGCCCAGGCCUCCAGGAACAUGUCCUGUCUGUGAAGGUUGCUGUGCUGUCCUGGUGAUGAGCUUCCAAGGCCACUUUGAUCCCUACCGGCUGUGGGACACCCCAGCCUGCCCCAUCCUGCAGCCCUGGGGCUGCCCCCCUCCUUGUGCUUACUAGCUUUGAGGAAGGGCUCUUGGCCCUCGCUGCAUCCCCAGCUCUCUGCCAGGUUCACCAUCGAGCCAGCGGGAAAGAGGGUGCAGCUGGACCGGAUGCAGCCACGCUUACCUGCCACCGGGACAGUGCUGUCAAGGACUGAACGCCCCGUCCCCAACAUCGAGUGCUUCUGCGGGGAAGGGCUGACUUCAUCAUAGCCAGAGGGACAUCAUGCACACCACGCUGGAGGGGCCUGGGAAGAGCGGAGCAGGGCACGUAUCCCAGGACCCCAGCUACACCGCCUGCUGCCAGCGCAGUGCCAUGCAACAGGGUUUUCUCUAUUUAUUACAGUAUUUAUUGAUCUGGG